AUGCCAUGGUUGCGUCGACCGCGUCGAUUUCUAUCAAAUAUGUCUACACGAACUCAUCGUUUCUUUGUCUUUUGCAUUAUGAUCACUAUUGUCGUAAUUAGUUUCUUUUUAUUACGAAACACAAAUAGUUUUAUUUCACAACAAGAACAGAUAUGUGAUUCAAAAUUGAAUCAAAUCAAAGGCCGAGAACUCAUUCACCAUGAUGUAUCCUCAGAAAAACCAAUUUUUUUCAUCGGUGGAAUGCCUCGAAGUGGAACAACAUUAGUGCGUGCCAUUAUCGAUUCACAUCCACAAGUUCGUUGCGGCGAAGAAACAAGGGUUAUACCAAGAAUUUUAAGUAUGAGAACAGCUUGGGAAAAAUCAGCCAUUGAAUGGAACCGACUACUGGCUGGUGGCAUGACAGAACAAAUUCUUGAUUCGGCUGUUCGUGCAUUUAUUUAUGAAAUUCUCUUUCUUCAUGGUCCAUCUGCUGACAUUCUUUGUGAUAAAGAUCCAUUUGUACUUAAAUAUGCAUCAUAUAUUACCUCGAUUUUUCCAAGUGCAAAAUUUCUUCUAGUAGCACGCGAUGCACGUGCUGUUAUUCAUUCAGUUAUAACCAGGAAAGUAACCAUAACCGGCUUUAGUUUAACUGAUUAUCGACAAAAUUUUAAAUUAUGGAAUCAAGGUUUUGAAUCGAUGUAUCAGGAAUGCAAAGAAGUUGGCAAAUACCGAUGUCUUAUAGUUUACUAUGAACAACUUGUUUUACAACCAAAACAAACUAUUAAAAAUAUAUUAAAUUUUUUAAAUAUAACUUGGGUUAAUGAUGUGCUUCAUCAUGAAGAACUUAUCGGAAAGAAAAUAUCACUUUCAAAAACUGAACAUUCAUCGGCUCAAGUUGUUAAGCCUAUUAAUCUUGAAGCAUUAACAAAAUGGGUUGGUCAUAUUCCAGUGGAUGUUCUACGCGAGAUAGAUAAAUUAGCGCCUAUGUUAAAAAAACUUGGUUAUGAUACAAAAUCCAAUGUGCCAUCCUAUGGUAUUCCUGAUAAAUUAGUACUAAGAAACAUGGAUCGACUUAGAGAUAAUGCUAAAUUUUGGGACGCUCAGGCAAAAGCUUACGCUCGAAACUUAUCUAGUACAACAAUUGUUUGA